GAGAAAAAAAGAUAAGAAUUUGCAUAUUGUGUCUGAGUACGAGUCACAUAGGAGGCAGAGUCCACAGAAUAGGACAACCUUUCAAAGGGAUUCAUUGCACUGUGGACACAGGUAGUGCACAUUUCAUCAUGAUUCUCUACAGAAUAGAUCAAGCGCUCAUCUCUCUGCUUGUUAUCGUGAUGACAGGGGCAGAGGUGCAGGAAAACUUCUCACCUGAAUGUAAACGGUUCCUGUACAUGGGCACAGUACCUCGAGGGAUUGAGGAUCAGCCGUUUAAAAAGAUUUGCCAGUUUUACGAAGGCAAACCCCGAUUUGUCACUUUGUAUGACACCAUCAACCGCAUUCCUGUUUAUUCUGCAUACACCUUCAAACGCUCGGAUGGCUCCAGGAAGGUCGAUGUGCCUUGGAUGUAUGAACCACAGCUCUUCACGUUGUCUGGGUCUCGAGAGAUGCAGCAAUUCCCUUCAGAAAAUGUUCCUAACAGUUUUGGGGAUGCUCAGGCCCUGCUGGACGACUACUCUGACACUGUGAUCUUUGAACGAGGACAGCUGAAUCCAGAAGAGCACCAGGCCCAACCUGCUGACAAAGCAGCCACCUACACUCUGACAAAUGUAGUCCCUCAGGUUCGAGACUUCAGCAUCGGUCCCUGGAAAGAAUACCAGCACACCAUCCGCAGACGGCUAAACAACUACUGUCGAGGCACAGCCUAUGUGAUCACCGGGGUCACCACCUCAGGGCACACGAUCCGCCGCCAUAACGUCAACCGCCUGGGCAUCCCCACCUACUUCUGGUCAGCCUACUGUUGCAUCGAUUUUGACCACAAUGCUCCGUACGCUGAGCGCUCAAAGCUUCCUGCGUUUGCAUCUAAUGGGCUCAACGACAGAGAGAAUAAUAAGGUUCAAGAGAUGACGGUCCAGCAGCUGGAGGAGUUCCUGAAGAGGGUAACUUAUGUUGGCAGCUCUUUCCAGAUCUUCUAUGACAACUGUAUGCCUCCUAAUAGUGAUAGCAGUGCCCUGCACACGUCUUAAAAAAAUCUGAUUUAGUAACUUGAUAUUGACACCAAUAAUUAAAAACCUAAUAAAACUUCUAAUCCAAUUUAGUUUUUCAUAAAAUGUCUCUGUGGCAUUACAAAAUAAUCUCAGUUAAAAGAUCCACUUACUACCUUUUCUGAGCUCUGAUUACUGAAGAACAACUUGUGGUUGACAGCUUUGAAAAGCUAGUAAAUGGACCAUUGAUUAUUUUGUUACACAAGUCGCUCCCAAAGGUCAUGUUCAAAUCAGAUUUUUUUAAAAUGAUAUAUCCUGUUUGUAACCAAAUUUAAAUUUAAAAAUCUGUUCAAAGGCCUUUAUUUAUUUACCAUAUAUUAUUUUCCUAUAUAACCUAUUAAUUAUCAUUUAAAUUAUGUUUGACAGUACAUAAAAAGUCACUAUGAGAAAGCUAUAGCCUACAUGGUUAUGCCCUUCAUUCAAUUUCACUUUAUCUUCAGUGAAGAGCUUAUCCACUGUGGCUUAAUGCCUGAGAACUACACCUGCCUCUGUAGGCCUUUUGUUCAGCACAGACAGAUUACAUCAAUGGUUUUACAUUUUGCUACACAGACGCUCAACUGUAGCACUACAUUGCUCCUCUCUCACUAAAACUCAGACUACAAAUCCAGGACAAACCGGGCCAAUAUCCCAAUUCAUAUCUUUCAGUUUUUUGAUCAUAUAAAUUUCAAGAAUAUUCCAAUAUACAACUGAACAGGUUAACUUGUACCACACUAGAGGGCAGUAAUAACUUGGAUUCGGUAUAUUUUUAUUGUUAGUCAAAAGCACUUUCCACAUCUGUUCUCAAUUUUUGUUGGACACCCUUUUGUUUACAUUUGGAUAACAAACUGCCAUUAAAUGUGAACUACAAAAGCUAAAUUAAGCUUAAAUGAAAUGGAAUGUAAAAAUAAAAAUGAUCCUCUUUCUCCCAGCACCUCUUUUUGUGACUGUGUUUAUGUAAUCCCUCCAUUGGUUGUGCUCUAUGUAUGAACUGGUAUAGCAGGUCAUAGAUGGUCCAAACAGUAUAAAAACAGAGAAAUGAUCCAAAACUAAGAGGGCAGACGUAGCCCGAGGGUGAACGAUAUGAUUAGUAACUCCAUUUAGUUUGAGAGGGCAGCUGUAUCCUGCCAACUGGCAUAUGCCACACUGACAGAUGGCCAGCUCCACAGCGCCUGUUUUGACCAGCAGCAGACUGAUAAGAGCCUAAAAUACAUUUUUAAUCCUCCGCUGCAAGGACAGAUUCCCUUGAUGGCCAUAAGAGGGAGACGGUGUUUAUCUAAUAGUGUCUCCUCCACAUGGUGUAGCAGGACACCUUGACAUGGAAAGACUGGAAACACCUCUUAAUAGAAACAAACACAGACAGUGGCUUAACUAAAGCCCCCGAGAAACACUACAGCACUAACAAUACUCAUGGUUUUAUAUACAGCAAUAAAGACAGACUGCAGACUGUACACUCAACCUCUCAACAUUUUUAAUUUCUCGCUUCAGGUGUAUUUUCAAUUCACGCAUUCAGUUGAAAGUUAAAAAACAAAAACUCAUAUUUCUGUACAAACAGUGCAUGCUGAUCACCAUGUGUAGCAAGGACUGUGAGUGAGCACCCUGAAAGCACAAGGUUUACUGAAAUCAUUGUCAAAAUAUGCUUUUUAUGUGCAGCACAGAAAUAUUUUAGAGAAAGUAAAAACAUUU